AUGGGAGGAAAGCGAAAGUCGGGCGGUGGAGGUGGUGCCAAGCCGAAGGUGCUGAAGCCUGACCUUGACGGACGUUUUGCCCAUGUUCAGAAGGAGCGGAAGCUUGACUUUGCGCAGUGGCUGAAUGCGACCUUCCCUGCAGAUCCAAGGCCCACCUACCAGACAUACCAGCUGUCAGUGAGGCAUUACCAUGUCCUCAACCUCAACGAGGUGUGGGACAAUGCAGCCUCCGUAGCUCGCGCUUUCCAAAUAGGAAAGUUUGAAAGCAUGUCGGUGGUCAAUCUGCAAAAGAAUGUGGCUAAGCCGGUGGUGGAUUCGCUUCGACAGGCCGUUCGUAUGCGCGGGAUGCGCGGUUUCCUGCACCACGAAACCGUCGCGAAGGGCGUGUUCAAUUUGGCCUACUCAUCGGGCGCCAGUUCGAUUCCUGGGGCCGAAGUGUGGUCUAGCCAGCUCACAAACAAGGAUGACAAUGAGCUUGCUUUGCUACUUGUGCGCCGCAUGUGCCAAGACUGGGACAAGUUGGCACCGAACAUGCGCAAGAGUUGGGGCUUGCGUGAGAGCAAUCAAUUGCACGCAUGCUGUGGAGGCUUCUUGUAUUUCAUGGGACUGCUGCGAGAGAAGGUGCCAACGAAAGAGUAUGAUGAUGUUGCCAGCGAUCUACAAAAGCAAUUCAUGAUGGGGAGCAUUUGCACGGACAUCGCGGAGCGCGGCAAGCGAGAGGUUGAGGAGCGUGACCGUGAAUUGGCUGACCAGGUGAACACAGCCACUUUGAAGCAGCUCCAACUCAAGUUUGAGGCGGACUUGGGAGUGCUGAAGGAGCGCGUGCCUACGAAGGAGAAGGAAGCGCAAGAGGCGGCCCUCGACAUCAAAUACUUGGCUCAGAGACAGAAGACUGGGCAGGAUUACACCCGAGACUGGCUGGAGACGAGCUGCAAGUUCAUUGUUGUUGACAGCGCAAUGAGUUCUGCCGUCAGAGCACUGACGUCUCAGAUCAGCAAAUUGACAGAAGGCGGAGGCCGUGCGAGGAUCAUUGAGGAUCACCUGAUGGGCGCCGGCCUGGAUGUCACGCAAACGGUUGCAGUGAACUUUGCGCAGCCACAGGAUGCACGGUCUUCUGAUCGAAGAAGUGGGAUCCAAACGUGCAUCGCAGUCACGGGAUCUGGCACGAGAGCGUCCCUCCAUUGGUCGCCGCCUGCCUUGAUUGGGCCUUUGACCCUCAUCAAGUUCACAGACCUGAUUGGAUAUGACGCUGAUGUGAAGAAGGGACUUGCAGUCCACAAUGGCAUCAUCGAUGCGUACAAAGUGAUAGUCUUCGACAUCCUCCCCAACAGGUACGCGGAAUUUGGCCGCGCUGUUUGCGAGAGACGCUUGGCCGGGCACACACCUUUUCUCUCUUACAUGGGAUUGAUCAAGGACUCGCAGAAGGAUAACCUUGCUGCAGUGGAGGAGAUGGUAUAUAACCAUUGGGAUGGUAGCUCGCACGCGCCAGCAAAACAACGUCCCAAGGAGGAGAAGGAGAAACCUUCCCUGUCACUGGUCCUGUGGCACAACAACCGGCCAAUCUUCCCAGAUGCUUUGGUCAGGAAAUUUGCUGACGGGAGUGAACAGCAUGCGCAGAUUCUGCGGAUGAAGAAGGAGUUGGAAGACUUGUGGCCUUCUUCCGCUGGUGGGGAGAGCGCCGUUGUGAGCGCAAGGGCUGCCGGCUCGCCUGACUUUACUGGGACGCGUGUGUUGGACCUGUCUCGGGAGGUUGACCUUGCCAGAACGCCGUCCAGCGAGUUCAAGGAGGACCGGUUGGCGCUGUGCCCCGGAAAGGCGAACAGGCCUUCGAUCCUGAUCACGAAGUCUUUUGAUAUCUACCUCAGGAACUUGAACUCGGAGGCGAUGGAU